AGAUUCAAGAAAUUUCAAAAUUUAGACUUAGUUGGUGAUGGAUGAAAGACAAAAUGAAAUUAAAAUAUCCAUAUAAGAGGCUGAUGACGCAUGUGCUGAGAAUUAAGUUACGUAAAGGAAAGUUUGUUUCUCCUCAUCUUCCUUACAACGAUCUCGUCCCUCCAAUAAGUUCCGGUCCUAUAUCCGGGGUCACUUUCACUUUCAUUUUUUUAACACUCUGUUCUUACUCUAUUCUUAGCAUCCUACGGAUCCUUCCCUCUCCUUAAAACUGGACCAACCUAUCGUAUAAAUACAACGGUUGGUUACUAGCACAUAUGUUAAGUUCGUUUUGCUUCCUCUCCGGACGCAGUUCCUUUUUUCCCUUAGUUUAAUACCGAAGGGUACCGGCAAAAGUUAAUAGAGGCAGAAUGCGAUCGGUGCGAUUGUUGGUAAGCUGCGUGCUUCUUUUAUCCUCUUCGCUGUUGAUACGUAGUCAGUCUAUUGAAGGAAGAGUUACCUUUGCAGAAGAGAAAGGUGAGGAGUCAGGUGAUGUUAAAAUUGGUACUUUUGAUUCGCAGCAGUCAGAUGGGAGAUUUUUUAACGGAACCCGUCAAAGUAAAAAUCUUUUUGAUUGGAUUGGUAUCGGUAUAGAACGAAACGUCGAUCCGUAUUUGGCAAAGAUUAAGAAGGCUUGUUUGAACGGCGAGCUAGCGGAAUGUUUCAAAUCUGAAGCACUUACUUCGUUCUCCGAGUUUUUCGAUCAGACGGCUUAUGCUUUGAACGAAAAUGUUAAGGUAGUGCAAAUGUCCCGACAAGUGGUCGCGGAUGUUAAUCGUCAACCGUAUGAAUACUCGACGGAACCUAGAUCCGAUGAAUCGGAAUGGGAUCAGCUCGUCAAAUUCGCAUCAAGAAAAAUGGAAAAAUUCGUAAAGACCAUGGCUAUCGAACUAGAAGUUCCAACUUCAGAGAUUGGUGAAAACGAAGUUUACUCACCAAGAUUUAUAGAUGAAAUCGCUGAUGAGAUCGAUACUCUCGAAGAUAAAAAGGAUUCUCUUUUCUCACGUCAUCGUUUCCGAAAAUUAUUGAUACCGAUGCUGAUCGUUUUGAAGCUCUUCAAAUUAAAACUGUUGUUAUUUUUACCUCUAAUAUUCGGUUUGGUAUCCUUCAAGAAAUUUUUGACAUUUUUGGCUAUCGUUGUACCAGGAGUAAUAGGAUUUUUGAAAUUGUAUAAACCUCAAAAUUAUCAACCACCCUUUUACAGUCAAAAUGGUAUCGGUUAUCCUUAUUACAAGGAACCUUCCGGUCAGCCUUAUCCUUACGUAAAUCACAAUACGGAAUACGACGGAAAUUACCACGGAGAUACUGUGUCAUAUGGACAGGAUCUCGCAUAUCGAGGCUACCGCGAAUAUCAAUCGUAGAAAAAGAUAAUUUUUUAAUUAUUAUGUAUCUAUACUUAUUUUAUUAUUUAUUAUCUCACUUAAUUUUGAACCAUUGUUGAAUCAAACGUAGUUUAUCAAUUGAUUGUAAAGAUAACUAAUACGACCCUAUGUUUGACG